AUGGAUCAUUUUCAAUACGAGCCACUUGAUGCCAGUAGCAACCACAUACGUCUACUCCGCUUUUCAGCCGAACCCGGCAGUCAGCCUAGCUACACUCUGCACGAAUUUGACCUCAAUGAAUGCCCUCCAUACGAGGCUUUGUCUUACACAUGGGGACCUCCACUUCCAACGCGUAUCAUCACCUUGAAUCAAAGACCGUUCGAGAUUCGGGAGAAUCUGGCAGACUUCCUUGACCGGAUGCGAACUGGCAUCACUCUCCUCGAUAAGCAUGACUGUCCUCUACCGCAUCCCAAGUUUCUCUGGAUAGAUCAGCUUUGCAUCAACCAGGCAUCCGAGAAAGAGAAGUCGCACCAAGUUCGGCGCAUGGCUGAGAUAUAUAAACAAGCGCAGCGGGUUAUUGUGUGGCUAGGUCGCGGUGACGAGCAGACUGGCAGGGUAAUGCGU